UAGAAAACAUAUUCAACCAAUUAACGUCGCGUCACUGUUUCUGUUUCCUAGCCAUACAGCCACGUGUCCUUUUUUCUUUUUUCCCUUGAAUUCUCUCACCCUUACUACUGUGCUUUCUUUUGCUUUUCUCUGGUUUUUCUCCUUCUAUCUCUAUUAUCAUCAUCAACAACAUGGCUCUCUCUGUCACACUCCAAAACGCGAUGCCUUAACUCCGCUUAUCUUUUCUUUCUUCUUUUGUUUUUGUUUCUUCGUUAUGGAUGGUGGUGGAGCAGCGGCGCGCCCCAUGCUUGGAUCUUGUGGUAAGACGAUUAUCCAUCCGAUAAUGAUGAGAUUCCGCCCGAUUGCGCCUAAGCCUGUCGUCGGAGGCUCUGUUUCCCUUGGUACAUCGUCAGUGGACAGUAAGACCUCCUCGAUUUCCAAACCACGGACGAAGAGGAAGUACGUUAGGGUUAGGAGAUAUAAUAGGAAGAAGAAAACUACGAGAAACACCACCGGCAGUACCGACGGUAACAAAAACGGCGAGUUCGUGGAUCGUACGGCGCCGCCGACGACGACGACACUGCAACUGCUACCGGAGCGACAUAUAGAGUUGGUUGGCGGUGGCGGCAGAUCUGAGUGGUCGGAGAAGAAAAGGGAAGUUGGGAGGAUGGAAAACGACGUAGUAUUGGUAUCAGAUCCGAAACGUGGAGCGUUGGAGUUGUGGGUAACGGUGGAAUGCGUGAGGGAGGCAUGCAUGGAUCUGGAAGUGGAGGAGGGAGAGAUAGGGUGCACGGACGAGGAGAGGAUAAAGAAUCUAGAUGAGGACACGUGUCCAGGGUUCGUAUCGAACGGGAUGAAUAGAGUGGAGUGGUUGAACAAGGCAUUCAAGAGGAUGGUAAGGCAAAAAAGGCAAAGGCAAGAGCAAACGAGAAGCGGGAGUGAGUCAGGAGCAGCAGAAGUAGCGGUGUGGUUGAUAUCAAACCCAAAACUGGGUAUGACCAGCCGAGUAUUUAGCUGCCAAAUAAAGCUGCAGUUCAAAAGAGACACCGAAAUGGAAAAGGACUCCAAAGUGGUGCCCUGUGAUGCCUGGAGAUUGAACCGCGGUGGAUUUGCAUGGAAACUAGACGUCAAAGCCGCUCUCACUUUGGCUCCUUUUCUUCCAGAGGAUUUUUAUUGAAAUUUGAGCUAGCAUGAAGGAUGGGAGUUGGCACCCAAAAGUGUAAGUCUAAAUAGGUAAUAAAAUAUGCAAUAAAGAAGGCAGUAGCGAGAGCAUUAUGGGUCACCAAGCAACCAACCACGAACUUGGAUCGAAUCAUCGCUCAUUAAUGCAACCAACCAAACCAACAAACAAACAAAAAAAAAGUACAUAAACUGUAACAUCUUUAAAUCUCGAACUCUGCAACGUCGCCACAUUUCCUGUUUCUGUGUA